UCGUUUCUUUCGUUCUUUCCAGCUAACGUGCGAUUGCGAUCCAUCGUGUUGCGAGGUUGUUGACAUCCAGGUGCGGCACGUGGACGGUUCCAAUCGACGAUUGGCUGUUGCUGGGUCAAGCUCGAUCGCCAGCUACAGCUCGACCACCCGGGCACGUUUCUGCGCUACAGCCGCGGGGAUCUUCCUGUACAGAGGUUGUGUUUCUUUCGCUGGGCCUCCUGCAGCCUCGGACAUUGUGUCACAUCCUUAUCCUGUCCACCAGCACCGUCUGAAGUGCGUCGAGCGGACUCUUCGCGCACCCAACGCCCGUCAUGAGGUUCGGCCAGCAGCUGAAGCAGUCGCUGAACAAGGACUGGCUUUUCUACUACAUCGACUACGAGGAGCUCAAGACAGCCCUGCGCGUACACCACACCUGGGACGAGAAGUCGGAGCAGAGCUUCGUUGAGCAGCUCGAGAAGGAGCUCGACAAGGUCUACAGUUUCGUGCGUGUCAAGAGCGAGGAGAUCAUCCGCCGCAUCGCAGCGUCAGAGAAGGAGGUCAGCACCGCGGUCGCCAAGUUGCAGCAAUACCUGCAGUCUCAGCAGGCAAACCAAGAUGGAGACCCAUUCGAGGAGGAUUUCGAAUUGCUGGAAGAGGAUCUCAGCGACAUCAUCGCGGAUGUUCACGACCUGGCCAAGUUCACUCAAUUGAACUACACAGGCUUCCAGAAGAUCAUUAAGAAGCACGAUAAAAACACUCGCUGGGCACUCAAGCCCGUCUUCGCCGCCCGCCUCAAGCGCAAGCCCUUCUUCCAAGACAACUAUGACAGCUAUAUUGUCAAUCUCUCGAAGCUCUACGACGUGGUUCGUACUCGCGGUAGCCCCGUCAAGGGCGACUCCUCCGCUGGCGGAAAGCAGCAGAACUUCGUUCGCCAGACCACGAAAUACUGGGUCCAUCCCGACAACAUCGUCGAGCUGAAGCUGAUCAUCCUGAAGCAUCUGCCUGUGCUGGUGUUCAACCCUAACAAAGAAUUCAACGAGGAAGAUUCAUCUAUCACGUCCAUCUACUUCGACAACACGGAGACCUGGGAGUUGUACGAGGGUCGUCUGAAGAAGACAGAGGGCGCAGAGGCCAUUCGUCUGCGAUGGUACGGAGGCAUGAACAGCGACACCAUCUUCAUCGAACGCAAGACCCAUCGUGAGGAUUGGACCGGUGAAGAGUCGGUCAAGGCGCGUUUCAAGCUCAAGGAGAAGAAUGUCAACGACUACCUCAAGGGCAAAUUGCUGCCCGGGAAGAUCUUCGAGAAAGAGCGCAGGGAGCAGAAGAGGUCUGAGAAGGAUAUUGCGUCCGACGAGCAGCUUGCUCGCGAGAUCCAGUACCGUGUCAUUGACCGCAGUCUCGUACCUGUCACACGCUCUUUCUACCACCGUACCGCCUUCCAGCUUCCCGGCGAUGCGCGAGUCCGUAUCUCACUCGACACCGAGCUUACCAUGACCCGCGAAGACAACCUCGAUGGCAAGAAGCGUGCUGGCAACAACUGGCGCCGCACAGACAUUGGUGUAGACUGGCCGUUCAAGCAGCUGCCGUCUGAGGACAAGGAGUUGUUCCCGUAUGCUGUUCUCGAAGUCAAGCUCCAGACUGCAGCUGGUGCCGAGGCGCCGCAAUGGAUUCGAGAUCUGACUGGAUCACAUCUGGUCGAGGCUGUACCUAAAUUUUCGAAGUACAUCCACGGUACUGCAACUCUAAACCCCUCGAGGAUCAACCUCCUACCGUACUGGUAUCCGCAGAUGCACGUCGAUAUCCGCAAACCCGUCAGCCAAAGGUUUGGUAUCGAGAGGCCGGGCGCUAGCAACGAUAUCAGUACCAGCAAUACUCUUGACGAUGAUAGCGACGACGAUGACGCCGCCAUGGGCCUUCCUUCUGCUAACAGCAGCCAAGACGACGACCAGCUCAGGAGACUUCGUGAAGCUCGCGACACGAUGGAGCAGAACGAGAUCGCCCGUACCAGGGAAUAUGGUACCCUGACCAAUGGCAGCGAUCCCAAUGCCCUCGACAUCGAAGAGCGUGUAGCCGCACAGCGCAACCAAGACAACGACUAUCCCAUCUACGACUCAGACAGCGACGAUGAAGACGACAACCUUGAAGAAGCCAAGCGCGUCGGUGGCCUUCACUACGCAAAGAAGUGGGUGGAACACACAGCCAAAACAGUCGGUAACGGCCUCGUCAACGGCGCGACUCUGCUUUUCCACCCCAAGCCCACUGAUGUUGGCGAUGGCGGUUUCUCGCUCGGUGUACCUAGCUGGAAACAGCAAGGCGAGGUCAAGCGCUUCAAAGCUCCCAAGGGCAAGCGGAUCCACGUGCCCGUCCGCGUAGAGCCCAAAGUGCAGCUCGCAACCGAGCGCACAUUCCUGUCCUGGCUCGAAUUCAGCAUCCUCAUCGGCAGUAUCGCUGCUACGCUGCUCAACUUCGGUGACGGCCUCGCGUUCGCGGCCGCCUGGGCGUUCACGAUUAUCGCGUGUGUUGCGCUGCUGUACUCUGUUGGCCUUUAUCUCUGGAGAGUAAAGAAGAUCAAAGAGCGGAGAGCAGUCGUAUACCAUGACAAGUGGGGUCCGUCACUGCUUUGUUUGGGGCUUCUUGCGGCGCUCGCAAUUAGUUUUGGGUAUAGGCUGGGUAAGGGUGGGUAUGAUGGUGGUUUGAAGGGCGAUUUGAAGGGCAAGCUUGGCGUCUAAAUUGACGUCGAGCUGAGGAGCCGCUGUUGUUCUGCCUAGAGGUUUGGCGAAGCCUUUUGGCCUCUGUUGUUGUAUAUUUGUACAGCGUUGUUCAACUAUGUUGUCUACUCAUGGAGCGGGUCCGGUCUAAUGACCGACCUGGGGGGUUAUUGAUAAUCAAGCGUAGCGCAAUACCCAAAAGCAUGACUCUGGAAGGUAUGCCUCGCACAGAAGACUAUUGCUAACUGAAUGUCUCGUCGUCAAACUAACGCUGCUCAUGACGCUGAUCUGUGUGAGGGUUUGCACAGCCAGCGACCAAGACUCAUCAUUCCAAUUUCUCAAUAUCUUGGUCAACACAUGACCGGGCUGACUCUCCAUGUUUGAGAGCUUGAAGGGCGACGAGCAUGAGCAGUGUUCUGGCAGCGACAGAUCGAUCGUCUUAGAAGUACGGAGGGUUCGGUAGGUGAAUGAGCCGCAAUUCUCU